AUGGUUCAAGAUACACGAUGCAUCGGAAUUUUUAUUAUGUUUACCGCAAAGAAAAUUCUUUGGGUUCUGAAGGAAGAGGAACAAUUUUGGGAUGGCGCCUACUUUCGCGAGAUUAUUCUUCAGCAACAUGUGUUUCCAUUUCUGCGCAACCCAAACAAUGUGCUUGACACAGACGAAGUCUUAUUUCUUCAUGAUAAGGCCCCAUGUAUGAAGGCCAAUGCAACACAGCAUCUUUUAGAAGAUGAAGGACUCCAGUUCUGGGGGAAUUCGAUUUGGCCUGACAACAGUCCUGAUAUGAACCUGACAGAAAACAUUGGUGCAAUUAUUAAGGAAAAAGUUGAAGAAUUAAUGGCAAAUGAAGAUCGUCCAAACAGAUACAAUUAUGAUAUUCUCAGAGCUAACGUAGAGAAUACACUCAUAGAUCUCGAAAACAACACAGAUCUUUUUGUGGAUUUAUUAUGUUCAAUGAAGAAAAUAUUUGAUGUUUUCAAAGCUGCUGGAGGAGGUCAUACUGAUUUUUGA